UUUUCAGAAUAUGGCAACUGACGAACCGACCAUCAAAAUAAUCGGGGAUCAAUUCUGUGUCUCUUACACAUUGCAUCUCAACGUGAAGAGAAAAGUAGAAUCAUUUUCCCAUGCACACUACGAUAUGUUCGACAGCAAUGGAGAUGUCCUCCUUCAAAUCGAUGGCGGCGCUGGCGUCUGGAACUCAGCCAAGAAAAUUGUGAUAAAAGAUCAUGCUGGUUCGCCUGUCAUCACUCUGCGAAAUCAGCAGACAUCGUCGUGGAAAAAGAAGUGGCAAAUCUAUGAAGGCGAAAGCGUGGAGCAAAACCAUUGUGUGUGCAGCGUGCAACAAUCGGAUGCACUUCAGAUCAAGAACGAUCUCGAUGUCUACUUAGCGAGCAACUACAAGGAAGAUGGCCCAGAUUUUCAUGUAACAGCGAGUAUUACUUCCCUUUCUUUCAAAGUUUGGAAAGGCAAUUUAAUCAUUGAUGAGGUUAAGCAUAAUUACACAUGGGGAAGCUGCCAGGGCAAAGAAAGUUUCAAGGUCAAAGUGUAUCCGGAGGUUGACUACGCCUUUAUUCUAGCUUUGGUUGUCAUUAUGCACGAGACUGAGAAUGUAUAA